CUUUCAUCCAAGAAACUCGCAUACGCACAUUCAGCAUGGCUCGCCGAAUCUACCUUACAAUUACACCGUCUAGCCCACGAGAAUCUCGGUCUUGGAAGCUGGAAAAGAACAGAGGAAGCCAUUCCUGUAACGCAUUUAGACGUCGCUCUUGCUGUGCUUGAUGUCACAGAUCCAAAACAUGCUCGUAUGGUGGUCCCG